AAUGGUCCACCACAGAUAUGAAACCCGUUCUGGAGUGAGAGUGGUGCUUAGUUGGGGACGCUGCCCGCAGGGUACUUAAAUGUCCCAAGCUGGAAGGUGGAGAGAGAAGUGGAUGCCCCCUGGGCUCUGGGCCACCCUCGAGGAUGACAUCUCGAGAGCAGCUGGUGCAGCAGGUGCUGCAGGAGCUGCAGGAGGCAGUGGAGUCCGAGGGCCUGGAGGGUCUUGUUGGUGCUGCUCUGGAGGCCAAGGAGGUCCUGUCUUCCUUUGCUUUCCCCACCUGCCGGGAAGGAGGCCCUGGCCCCCAGGUGCUGGAGGUGGACUCAGUGGCCCUGAGCCUGUAUCCAGAGGAUGCUCCCCGGAACAUGUUGCCGCUGGUGUGCAAGGGUGAGGGCAGCCUGCUGUUUGAGGCGGCCAGCAUGCUGCUGUGGGGCGACGCAGGUCUCAGCCUGGAGCUGCGGGCCCGCACCGUGGUGGAGAUGCUGUUGCACAGGCACUACUACCUCCAAGGCAUGAUCGACUCCAAGGUGAUGCUGCAGGCUGUGCGCUAUUCCCUGUGCUCUGAGGAGUCUCCCGAGAUGACCAGCCUGCCGUCUGCCACGCUAGAGGCCAUCUUUGAUGCAGACGUCAAGGCCACCUGCUUUCCUAGCAGCUUCUCCAACGUGUGGCACUUGUAUGCCCUCGCCUCUGUCCUUCAGCGCAACAUCUACUCCAUCUAUCCCAUGCGCAACCUCAAGAUCCGGCCCUACUUUAACCGCGUCAUUCGGCCCCGCCGCUGUGACCACAUGCCUGCCACGCUGCACAUCAUGUGGGCUGGCCAGCCCAUCACCAGCCACCUCUUCCGCCACCAGUACUUUGCCCCCGUGGUGGGGCUGGAGGAGGUGGAGGUUGAAAGUGCCACCACUGGGCUGGCCCCGACUCCUCCAGCCCUGGCCUCGCUGCCCCCGCCUGCCAAGACCCUGGAGCUGCUCAACCGGGAACCCGGCCUCAGCUAUUCCCACCUCUGUGAACGCUACAGUGUCACCAAGAGCACCUUCUACCGCUGGCGGCGGCAGUCCCAGGAGCACCGGCAGAAGGUAGCCACCCGCUUCUCAGCCAAGCACUUCCUGCAGGACAGCUUCCACCACGGGGGCGUCGUGCCACUGCAGCAGUUCCUCCAGAGGUUCCCCGAGAUCUCCCGCUCCACCUAUUAUGCCUGGAAGCACGAGCUCGUGGGCUCUGGCGCCUGCCAGGCCCUGGCCUCCAAGGAGGCUCUGGCGAUGGAGGAGCUGGAGAAGCUGCCGGAGGAGCAGGUUACCGAGGGGCUGGGAUGCUCCUCGCCGGCAGCGUCAAGCCCUGGAAUGGUCUUAAUGCAGCGGGCCAAGUUGUACCUGGAGCACUGCAUCUCCCUGAAUACACUGGUACCCUAUCGCUGCUUCAAACGCAGGUUCCCUGGCAUCUCCCGGUCCACCUACUACAACUGGCGCCGAAAGGCCCUCCGAAGGAACCCCAGCUUCAAGCCAGCACCAGCCCUCUCAGCGGCCGGGGUGCCUCAGCCAGCAUCUGUUGGGGAGAAGGCCUUACCCCUUUGCAAGGAUGAGGCAGGAGAGGGGGCAGGGAAAGCAACAGGUGGGGGACCACCCGCCCCCCGGGAGUUCUUGCCUCUGAGGAUGCCCCUGUCCCGCUGGCAGAGGCGUCUGCGCAGGGCAGCCCGCAGGCAGGUGCUGAGUGGGCACCUCCCCUUCUGUCGCUUCCGUCUCCGCUAUCCAAGCCUGUCACCCUCCACCUUUUGGGUCUGGAAGAGUCUUGCCCGGGGUUGUCCCAGAGGCCUGUCCAAGCUCCAUAUACAGGCCCCCACUUUGGGCAAAGGGGGCAUACAGGAGGCAGAGGAGAAGCAGGAGAAAGAAGCUGGCAGGAAUGUGACAGCUGUCAUGGCCCCACCUGCAGGGACCCCACAGGUGGCAGCUUCUUCAGGAGAGGAUCCUGGGAAGGCCCUGGGAGGGCCUUCCAGAGAGGGGGCCCUGCAAGAAGGGGCUGCGGCCCAGGGCCGGCCCCCCAGUGGGUCUCUGACCAGCCAUCCUGUGGUGGCAGAGGCAGUGGGUGGCGGAGACGGCCAGGUGCUGGUGAUGGACAUGCUCGCCACCACAAAGUUCAAGGCCCAGGCCAAGCUGUUCCUGCAGAAGCGCUUUCAGUCCAAGAGCUUCCCCUCCUACAAGGAGUUCAGUGCUCUCUUUCCCCUCACUGCCCGCUCUACCUACUACAUGUGGAAGCGUGCCCUCUAUGAUGGCCUCACCCUGGUCGAUGGCUGACAGGGAGGUGUGAUGGGCUGGGAGGAAGGGGACCACUUUGGAGGGGGUCAGGGACCUGAGUUGCCCACUGGCUUGGCCAGGAUCCCUUUUGCUCCUACAGUGUCUACCCUGAAUCCAAGGGCAGAUUUGUGUUUCUCCCUAGCUCCAGGGCAGAGAGAACCAGAGGUCAGCCGUCUGGCCUCCUGCAGAGACUACAGGGCCGGAGAUGUUCUCUUCAGUUGUUUACUGUUCUUAUUUUUAUUGUUGUGUCUUGGUUUUAGUUUUUGUUUUGAUUUGAGUGGGUUGGCUGGGCCCCCUUGCUGAUGUUGGAAGCUGUAUGUGUGGGGAUCUGAAGGGGGGGUUGGUUAGCUAAAUCUGCUUUCAGCUUUUCCUGGGGACAAAAGGAGUAUUGUAGCCUGGCCAUCUGUCCGAUUGGGCAGAAUAUGUCUUCAGUUCCUUUUGGGGGUUGGCACCCUCCUGACUCAAAGAGAUUUCCCAAAAGAACAUUAG